GAAUGAGGUUGCAAAAAGUAUUGCAAUUUGAGGCUCUGCACCCCGUCUCCAACGCAGUCUUUCCCUCACUUGCUAAUUCAUCACAGCCUUGAUCUUGUCUUCUCUGCCACUCACGAAAUGCACUUUGGAAACACACAGGUGAUCAAGAUGAGGUAUGCAGUGAUAGCAGCAAUGGUAGUGAUGGCAGCCAUGGGAGCAGCCACUGAUAGUGAAGCGGGAGAGAGGCCAGUGGUUGCCACACAGGAUGGAAGGAUCGCUGGUUUCAAGGAGUUCUCCACUGAAGGAAAACCAUUUUACUCCUUCCAAUCUAUUCCGUUUGCUAAGCCACCUAUAGGAAAUCUACGACUCAGGGACCCAGUUCGUGGUGAUGGGUGGGAGGGAGUGAGGGAUGGGUCCCAGGAGCCUCCAGUCUGCUCCCAGGUCAACGGCCAGUCACUAAUGUUUGAUAAACAACCAUUUUACGAGGGAGAGGAAGACUGUCUUUACCUCAGCAUCUUCACCCCCAAGUCUUCAUUACAGCCUGGUGAGCCUAAAGCCCAACUUCCAGUCAUUAUCUUAAUUCCUGGAGGCGGCUUCUUUUUUGGAGGAAUAAGAAAAUUUGCACCAUAUGUCCUCAUGAAUGAAGAUAUAAUAUUUAUUAUUAUCCAGUACCGUCUUGGCAUUCUUGGUUUCCUGUCAACAGAAGACACAGUGAUUCCUGGUAAUUUUGGACUAAAAGACCAGACAAUGGCUCUUCAGUGGGUACAAAGAAACGUUCACAAUUUCGGAGGAGACGCUAGCAGAGUCACUAUAUAUGGAGUGAGCUCUGGGGGAGUCUCAGUACAUUUCCACAUUUUGUCUCCACACUCUGAAGGCUUGUUUGCUCGAGGUAUUAUAUAUUCCGGUACAAUGAUCACUCCCGGGACAAUGGGAGGAAAAUUCAAGGAGGUCGCACAGUACACCGGAAAGCUUUUCGGAUGUCCAGAUGGUGGAGAAGUGGAGAAUGAGUCACAGAGCAACAUUAUCCUUACUUGCCUCCAGGGCGUCAAUGUUGAAAAUUUGACAAUGUCUUAUACACACCAUUAUGUAGGCGUGUUUCCCCAGCUGCUGCUGGGCCCGCGUGUUGAUGGUGACUUCCUUCCAGCUGAACCUGAAGUGUUGAUGACUCAGGGAAAUCACAACAGCGUGGACGUCAUAUUUGGACUCAAUUCUCAUGAGGGCGGCUCUCAGGCACUCAAAUUCUACAAGAACGAAUCUAUAAAAUCAGGUCUUCUGAACAACUUCGCCAAGUUUGGUCCAGCGUCACUUCGCUUAGAAGAUGAGACUAAACCUGUGGAACUUGCCACCAAGAUCUUUGAUCAAUAUGUUGGAGGUGUUAGAGUUAACGUGGAAGAUGCAGAGAAUAUCUGUCGGAUGUUUAAUGAUCGUCUCUACAACAUACCUCAAGACACAGCAGCCAUUAUCCAUGCUAAAAAUAUGGAACCUAAUAAGAAAAUAUUUAUACUUGAACUAAACCAUAAAGGUCAACGAACAUUGGCAAGACCUUCAAACGUCAGCGUUGGUCGGCACUGGGUGACCCAUGCGGAUGAUAUGUUCUACUUGUUCACUGGCGAGAAGACUAUCUGGAAGCCGCUGGAGUGGCCAGACGACCUCAAAGUGAGACACAUCAUGCUUAAACUCUGGACCAAUUUUGCAGCUACUGGGAAUCCAACACCUGAUGACUCUCUAAAUAUAGUGUGGAAAGCUGCACGUCCAGACAACCUCCAUCACUUGUCUCUCACACUGACGCCCACCAUGAAGGCAGACUAUAGGCACA